UGGGUGUGAGGACAGAGCUCAUAAAGAGUAUGUGAGGUCAGGCAAACCCUGCAGAGCAGCUCUGCUUACAUGGAGACAAGCACUGACUCUUACCUGCUCUAACUGUUUGCAGAGGAAUAACUUAUGUGCAUGAUUUUAGAUUUUUGCAUGUUAACUCAACAGGCAUCUCUGCUGAUGCUGGAUCUUCAUUGUUGUGGGAUUACAAACUGGAAGAAAAUUGCUGUGUGGUAGUUUUCCAAUGAGAUCAGUAGGUUAAUGUCUUUACUGUCUCUCUGAAAUGACUUAUGCAAACCAAUCUCUGACCAAUGUCAGUUCUGUACAGCAGUUUCAGGGGUUACUGGAGAGAGCGUUAUUUUGCACUCUGAUAACAGUGCCAUGCUGUGUGUUCCUCUUCAUUAAUGGAACCAUGCUUUUUACCUUGAGGAGUAAACCAGUGUUUAGAGAGACCUCUCGUUACAUUCUUCUGUAUAACCUCCUUUUUGCAGACACAGCACAGCUGAUACUAAGCCAGUUACUGUACAUAUUGGCUUUCUGUAGAAUGAAACUGACAUAUCCUGUAUGUGGUGUUCUCACUAUGAUUGCUGAUCUCACAAAUGAAGUGUCUCCUCUCACACUGGUGUUGAUGUCUCUGGAGAGAUAUGUAGCUGUGUGCUACCCACUGAGGCACGCUACCAUCAUCACCAUCAGAAACACAGGUGUGGCCAUCAUUGUAGUUUGGGUGUUCAGUUCACUAAAUGUUCUCACUCGAGUUCUUUUGCUGUUAGAUUUUCCAUUUGAAGACCUGGAGAGCCUGCAGAUGAAAGACUUUUGCUCUGACAUAGCCAUGUUUCUUGGCCCAAUGUCUAAUCAUUAUGACAAAGCCUAUACUUGUUUUCUGUUUGUAUCAGCAGGUGCUGCAAUCACGUCCUCCUAUAUUGGUGUGAUAGUAGCAGCCAGGUCAGCCUCCACAGACAAAGCUUCAGCCCGUAAAGCUCGUAACACACUGCUGCUGCACCUGGUGCAGCUGGGCCUCAGUCUCUCCUCAACUGUUUACAACCCAAUCCUCAUAGCUCUUUCAAAAACUGUAACAAGGCUAGUAUUUGUGCGUGUCCAGAAUGUUUUUUAUGUGUGCAUUUUCAUUUUCCCCAGAUGUCUUAGUUCUCUCAUUUAUGGCAUCAGAGACCAAACUAUCAGACCUGUCCUCGUGUACCAUCUAUGCUGUCGACUGAAACUCUCAGUCAUCUCAGCCAAGGCUGAGGUCUCACUUUAGGCUUCAUGGACUGGAUCAAGUUUUGCAUGUGCUUGUAAAUAUGGUUGAUAUGUUUAACAACCCAAAAAGUAGAAUAUCUUUGAUUUAGCAGGAGACAAAUUAUAAAUAAUCACAAUAACAAUUUUUAUAUGUAGGUUUAUCAGUAUUUUUGUCCACAGAAUAGAAGCCUGUCAAAAUAUUAACAGUCUGACAACAAACAAAAGGUGUUUGAAAAGGAUUAUAAUUUGUUGAAGCUGUUUUCAUUUUACUUUUAAUUUCAUGUUAAAAUGUUGAAAGGGCAGUUUUAAAUUCAAAUGUAUUAUUCUGGGGAAAUCUCUUCAGAUCUUUUCAUGGAAUAUGUAGGGGGAGCAUAUAUAGUAGAUGUAUUCAUUUUGAUUUAAUUCAAGCUUGGUAUGUUGUAUAAAAUACAAUGAUAUUUUUCUUCAUAAAUA